CCUGCUUUCAGUCAUCAGCUAACAUGUUUAAUGUGCUGUGUGAAAGAGAACCUGAUCGAGCAGAAACCUUCUGAGCAAUGGAUCUAAAACAUCUUAUAUCGCUCAAAAUAGUUUUAUUUUUGCUGUCAGUGCUCACCAUCAACACUUCUGCACAGAUUUGCAUAGCCCCAGCCCCAGUGGAAUUUAAUGAGACCAACAAAAUUGGUGAAACAGUUACCACAAUAGUCAUUCAGGAAGGAGUCACCCUUCAAAUUACAGCAAAUCCUUAUGACGCCUUUGGAAUAAAUGGCAGUUUGCUAGUGGCAAACAAAGUACUGGACUAUGAGACGCUGCCUGAUGGUGGAGGCCUGACUGUUGGCAUAAGCUGUAUGAAGGAUGGGGUGGAUCCACUAAACAUACGGGUAUAUGUCAUUGUGAAAAACAUCAACGACAACGCUCCAGUUUUUGCAAAUAACAUGUACACUCUGCAAGUUGAUGAGCUAUCUAAAGUUGGUACAUCAGUGGGCAAAAUUGAGGCUACAGACCUUGAUGGAGAUCGACUGUACUACCGCCUGGAAUCUCCAAUGGAAGAAUUUGGACUGCAGACAGAUACUAAUCCAGUAAUUCUGGUGAAAAAGGUUUUAGAUUAUGAUACUAUUAAAGAAGUUACUCUGAAACUAUUUGCUCAGGACACGCCCUUAUCUUCACCUGUAGUUCAUACCACCAGCACCAACAUCAUUGUCUCUAUCUUAGACAUCAAUAAUCGUCCACCAUGGUUCCAGCCUUGCACAGAGUCCAUUGUUGGGACAACCAAAAUCUGCCUCAGCCCUAGAUACACAGGGACUGUCAAUUUAAAUGAACAAGCAGCUGGUCCAUUGACCUUGCAGCCUGGUCCAGUGCAUGCCAUUGAUGGAGACAAAGGAAGGAAUGACCCAAUCAGAUACACAAUUAUUGAAGGAAAUACAAAUGAUACAUUCAUUAUUGAUCAACAAAGUGGAGCUAUUACAAUGCAGAAGCCAGUGGGUUCAGCAAGCUCCAUCACACUGAUAGUCAUGGCAUAUGAGUUGGAGAACCCUGACCUGUUUGCAACCACAACUGUUACGCUACAAGUAGUGAUAAGUAGUAACCACAAACCGCAGUUUGUCAAACCCAAAUAUGAGGGUUUCAUCUCAGAGGACGCAGGUGUCGGCAGCCUAGUACUGGAAAGCAAGUCCACAAAUAUACCACUACAGGUUCAGGCCACAGAUGCAGACUUCUCUGAUGGAAUAAAUCCUCAUAUUAAAUUUGAGGUUCCUGUAGACAGUGACUUUAAAAUCACUCCAGACGGCUUCAUAAUCAUGACAAGAGCAGCUUCUCCUGGCAAUGUGAAUUUGCAAAUAAUCGUAGUUGAUGCCACAAAUAGUGAAUCCAGCACAGCAUCUCUCUCUGUAGAAGUCAUUGCAGGAGUAACCACUACGGACAUGCCCACCACAACCAAUAGGCCUACUACCACAGCCAUGAAUACAACCAUGGCUACAAGUACUUCCAAAACCACAAACAUGGCUAUAGAUACUACCACAAAUUCUGAUACUACUCGCAGUCCUUACACAGAAGGAGUGCCAUUACCAUCAGGUGACUUCAGGACAGAGGACAUGAUAGCUCUUGGAGUGAGUCUGGCUGUAGCACUACUGCUCUGCUUUGUUGUUAUUGGUUUUCUGGCCUACACUCUUAGACGCUUCAAUGCAGACUGGAGGAAGUUAACUGAAGCCAGCAUCUUCCGGAGCUCACUGAGUGGGGGUUCCGGUGGGCCUAAAGAUGGAGUGCAAUACACGAAUGAGGGUUUUCAGGCUGAUGAAGAUGCGGACAGUUUGACUUCAAAGGAGGCAGCAGAAUUGCCGUUGCCACAAGGACCGGAGCUGAAUCACAAAGUUACGGAAAUACUGGAGACACAGCAUAGUGUUCCAAGCAAGAGCAGCAAUGGCAGCUUCACUCUUCCUACAGACUCUAGCAGCCAAAAUGCCUUAGACAACACAGAUAAUGAGAAAGAGGUGAAACCCAUUCUCACCAAGGAGAGGCGCAUGGAAGAGGGCUACAAAGCCGUGUGGUUUAAGGAAGACAUUGACCCGAAUGACAAGGACGAAGUGGUUAUUUCUGAGAGAGACCAGGACAUUGACCAUGAGGAUGAUGAUGAUGAUGAUGAUUUUGAUAAUGAUGUUAAUGGUGAUGAUAAUUAUGAUGAUGAGAAGGAGGAGGAGGAUUCUAAUUUUGCUCAUUUAUAGUAGGAUGUAAGUUUUGCUGUUUUAAAAUAUUGACUAUUUAGCUUUAUUUAGGGUUUAUUAGUACAUUUUUAAUCUUUGACGUGUGCUUUUGUUUUAAAUUAUACAUUAUGUACAUAUGAUCCUAAUAGUUCUGGAAAAUAACUGCCUAACAAAAUAAUAGAAGAGCUUCAGAUGGAGAUAAGAGACUUAUAAGUCAUCAAACACAGAACAGUUGGGGGAUUAUAAAUGUGAAGAUUAUGACUCAGUGAAUCUGUACUGAAUGUAUGUAUGUUUGCGUUAGCAGCCUUUCAGUGUGUUCCUGUGUUUAUAUGAUAAGAUACACUGAUGUUUAAGAGUUGUUUGGUACAGAAAACGAAUGCCCUUUAGCCACUAACCAUAAAACUGAUAGCCAGCAAUAAUAAAUGGCUUAUCUAUGAGAAAAUGACCUUUCAUCAUUUCGCAUGAGAAACACUGGCUUUAUGACUUUUUUAUUCUUUAUUGAUAUUAAUCCACCCUGAUGAGGUUACUUAAAGUGGCAAGUAAACAUCUUCAUAUAAAUUUAAUAUGCAAUAUUAAAUUUAUAAUAAAUUGGUUAUUGAUGGUAUAUUAGGAGAAAAAGCAUUUUUUUUCUACAGACACAGUUGUGGCCGACACAUUUACAUUUUAUUUUUUUAAGCCGAUGAGAAAACAACAGAUCACCUGAGACCGCCGUGGGUGUUGUGUAUCAUAAUAAUGAGGCAAAUGAUGAGUGAAAAUUGAAUCAAUUACAUUUACCAACUGCUGUUGGUAAAUGUAAUUGAAAUCAUUCAUUAGCCUGAACAGCACGCAAUUUAAAUGCCACUGUGUACACUUUAUUCUUUGUGUUUGAGGCUGCAUAAA